AAAAAGCGAAGGAAUGGCCGAACGAAAACGCUAACGCGCAUUUGUUAGCGUACACUCUCCGACUCAAAAGAAACCCACAAGAAAGAAACCAACAAAAAAAAAAGUCACCUCAACUUCAAUCCCAAUGGCCAACAGCAAUUUGCCGCGGAGAAUUAUCAAGGAGACCCAGCGGCUUCUGAGUGAACCAGCACCGGGAAUUAGCGCAUCACCUUCAGAAGAAAAUAUGCGGUACUUCAAUGUAAUGAUUCUUGGUCCAGCUCAGUCCCCUUAUGAAGGUGGUGUUUUUAAGCUGGAGUUAUUUUUACCGGAAGAAUACCCCAUGGCAGCCCCAAAGGUUCGCUUCCUUACAAAAAUCUACCACCCAAACAUUGAUAAGCUUGGAAGGAUAUGCCUAGAUAUUCUCAAAGACAAGUGGAGCCCUGCACUUCAGAUUCGGACUGUACUUUUGAGCAUUCAGGCACUCUUGAGUGCUCCAAAUCCAGACGACCCACUUUCUGAAAACAUUGCUAAGCAUUGGAAAUCAAACGAGGCUGAAGCUGUCGAAACAGCUAAAGAAUGGACCCGUUUAUAUGCAAGCGGCGCAUGAAACUGUGGCAAACUGAUGGAAUAGAACAAAACCAAAUGGAACCCACCCAGGUUUUUCUAAAAUAACGAAAGAACCUGUCCUAUUGAAUGUUGUCUAAUGAAAAGUCGAUAAUCCGAUAUGCUUAAACCAUGAGAGGUUUGUAUCCUCAAAAGUGUCUGUAGUUGUCGUUGUGUUCUCAAACUUUGUUGUUAAACCUUAACUUGGAGUGUUUUCCUUUUUUUAUUGAGACCAUUGAUUGCUUCACAGUCCCUGGCUACAGAUUUCACUAUUCGAGCAUAUUUUUGUUUUAAGACUUAUCUCCCAUCCAAUGUGUCUACUUCUCCC